CACUCCAGUAUUCUGGCCCGGAGAGUUCCAAGGACUGUAUAGUCCAUGGGUUGCAAAGAGUUGGACAUGACUGAGUGACUUUCACUCACACUUAUUGUAUUUGCUGCCAAAAAAUCCAUUUAAACAAAGCAGCCACAGAGAAAGGAGAGAGUGAGUGAACAAGAGUAUGCUGUCCCAGAGGGCAGUGUAGUAGGAACAGAUUUGGAGAUCUGACAGGGGCCUCUAGUACUGGUGUUGGUUGAGAACUUUUCUUCAAAUGGUAUUUGUGAAUACAACCUGUACAAGUGAAGCAGUUCUGAGGAGGGGCGGGCUGAGUGUGACAUGGAUAAAGGAGAAGGGAGUCUGUGUCACAGAGAAGGGUGGAGACAUAGCUCUACUUCAUCAGAGUAGCCCAGAAAGCAGACAGUCAGUGGGACAUGUAGAGGGAGGGGUGCUAGUUAAACAUUGUGGGGAAGGAACUGGUGAAAAGAACUGAGAAGCUAGGGAAAGAACUUGGGAUGAAUUUUAAUACCGCAGAAGGUUCACUCGGUUCUCACUUCCUUAGAUAAGGGAUAAGGCUCAGACCCCUGAAACUCAUCUUCCCAUAGGGCAGAUAUCAAUUAGACUAUGAGGAUUUCCAUGCCAAUUGACUGAGAGAGUUGGCAGGUGUGACUAAUGAAUCCUUUUUUAUACUAAGGAUCAAGACUGGAAGAAGCAGCCUCUAAAUGAUGGGCUUAUAGAGUCCCCAUCCCAGUUCUCUCAUUUGCACUUCAUCCUGCUGUCAGAAUUCCUAAGUGGGUUAUAAGUUUUGUUCCUGCUUUGUGAUUAUUUCCACUAGAACCUUAUCCUCAGGACAAGAUUCAGGCAUCAACAUGAAGUGUAUCCUAUUAACCUUGUUGAUGAUAACUGGUGUUAUUUCAGUUUUUGUUGAAGAUACUGCAGACCUAAACAAUCUUUUCUAUUUAUUAUAUCUGAAAUCCAGUUACAAGUCCUGUAUGGGGACUCUGAUUGCUCCUCAGUGGGUGAUAACGGCAGCACACUGCUUCUUACCAGAUCUCCAGGUUAUCUUAACUGGUGGAGCCACCACUUUUCAAGAGUUAAUUGGGGAGAUUCUGCCUUAUGAGGAGGUCAUCAUUCACCCAAACUUCACUUUCACUUCUCCUAAAAAUGAUCUUAUGCUGAUAAAGUUGUCUGUACCUCUCACCUUCUUCUCUACCAGCAUGUUUCAGUUGCCUGUUUCCAAUUCAAGUGACAUUGCAGAUUGCUUGGUUUACACCUGGGUGGAGGAUAAAAGAUCUUUUGGAAAUAGAAGAGGUUACCUGCAAAGCUUCAUGACUGAACUGAGUACUGAUUUGGUCUGCAGAACAUUACUGCAUAAAAAGUUCUUUGAAGACGUGUUCUGUGUGGGACACUUAAGAAAAAACACAGAUGAAUGCCAGGUGACCACAGCUGCACCAGCCACAUGUGGCAAUAAAUUACAAGGAAUUAUGUCUUGGACAACUGGAUGUUUUCUGACAGAUCAUUCUGCUGUCUUCACUAACAUCUACAGCCACAUUCCAUGGAUCAAGAGCAUUAUUUCUACAUAAGCUGAUUCGCAACUCCAUUGACACCCUCCCUACAUCCCAGCUGAUCCAUGGAAAUGACUUUCUGUAUCUUAGUCCCAAUUUUUCCUAGGAUCUAGGCUUGAGUGGAGUGUCAAGAGAAAUCAUUGAUGACUCCUGGGUGUUGACAUUUCUCUAGUUUUUUUAACUACUUCUUUGCUUAUUCCCAGCUCACAAACAAGUAUUUAUAACAUUGAAAACAGGAUGCUGGUCUCAAGAAGUGUAGUCCUACCAACUCAGAUACUUCCGUUAAAAUACUGCCUGUUUUAUCCUAAGAACACAGAAGACAAGUGGAUAUGAGGAACAAUAACUACUAGGAGUCUGUUUGGACACGAUGCAAACCACAUACCUGAGCAGUAAUUUGCUGAAAUCAGUUAGAUGAUUUAGUAAUUCUUCUAGUGACCAAAUGUCUCCUGGGUGAAUGAGUGAGAGACAGAGAGAGUGUAUGUGUGUAUGGGUGUUAUAGUUAAUGUUUCCAUUACCUACUUAAAAGAUCUGUGAAAUCAAAAUUUUCUGAGGUUUGCUGAGGCCACCCAUAGGUCAGUGUAAUUUUGGAAUAUGGGUUUAUAUGAAUUUUGUAAUUCAUAUUACAAAUAUCAAGGAUUUCAUAAGUGGUUGUAUUGUUUUUUUUUCCAAUAUAUUUUCCUUCCAAUACAUUUUCCUUUCUUACAGGGAAAUGCAACAGUAAAAUUCAUGAGGAUUUUGGCUGAGAGAUUUUAUUCAUGACCCUGAAUGCAUUCUCUAGGCCAUGCAUAUAUUUGUGAGCACACGACUUUAUUCUCAAGCACACCCAAAAGACACUUGUUUGUCGCUCCACAAAUAUA